UGUGGCAAUAGUCAUACAAUUCUAACGAUUUAAUCGAGUAGGGUCAGCAGCGGAAUAAAAAAAUAUGUCUCCACUUACGGUUCUCGUUGUCAUCGCCUUGGCGUGUAAUGUGCUUGGCAGUAGUAUAAGACAAGGAAGAUCCGCUGCAGACUCCAGUGCCGCGCAAAGUGGUUAUGGUGGAGCUAUAAUAGCUGGCCCUGCUGUUGCCUCAGGCUAUGAAAUUGGCUCUGCGGCGGCAGCCAUUUCUGGUGGAUCCGGUAUAAUUGUCGGUAGCGGACAAGGUUUAGCCUCAGGACCUGGUAGCAGUGCACCUUUAAAUAACGCAGCUGCUUAUGGUGCUGCUCAGCUUAGCGCUAUUCAAAACGCCCAAGCCGUGCAAGUAACUCAAAUUGCAAAUGCUGCUGCUGCUGCAAUCCAAGGUGCGCGUGUUGCCGAGGUUGCUGCAAGAGCCGGCCAAGCAAAUGCUAUCCAAAGAGCUCAAGCGUUAGAUAGUGCUCGUCUUGCUUAUAUUCAAAGAGCUCGUGCUGCUGCCUAUGAAAAUGCACGUGCUGUUGAUGCUGCCAGGCGUGCUGCUGCAGCUGCAGCUAUUGAAGUUGCUCGUGCUGUUGAAGCUGAACGCAUAGCUAAUGCUGCCCGUGUCCACGCUGUUGCUAUCGCAAACACUCGUGCAGUUGAAGCUGCCCGUAUUUCUAACGCUGCUAGAUCUCAGGCUGCUGCUGUUGCUACUAGUGCCGCUCAGGCGCAAGCCGUUGCAGAUGCUGUUGCUAGAAAUACUCAGGAUGGUGGACUUCUGCUCGGAGGAGCUGGUCUAGGUAACGGUGGUGGAGCAGUUGUUGCUGCUGCUCCCAUUGCUGUCGCUCCAGUCGCAACCGCGCAAAUAGCAAUUGGAGGAUACGGCCUUGGAGGUUAUGGAAACUAUGGAUACGGCGGAAAGGGCCAUCACUAA